CACCUACUGGACUCUCUUUCUUAGCUGUCAUUUUACAUCUCCAUCGUGUCUUGUUGCUUUCCAAAAAGAGAAGAGCAAGCGACUGAAGCAUACACAUCAGUGAUCUUCCAGCGGCAUCUAGAUUGUUUGAAGGACGAGGAGCCAGAUUUUCAUCUUCAAAGAUUGAGCCAGGUACCUUGAUUCUGUUUGACCCUUCUUAAAUAUAUACUUGUUGAAAUCCAAAAAUCCCCCUCGUAACCCUAAUUAAUUGAUGACGAAAGUACUUUCAAGUUUCAACGCUUUGUGUUUGUGUACCUGGGGAUUUAGGGAAGGCCAGGGGCGUAUAUUUUCUUCUUCUCUCUUUCUUCUCUCUUUCUUCUCAAGUUUCAAAUGAUGAAUCUGCACUUUUUUUCCUUUAUGUUGCACCGUGAGUACAACCCCAAGUGAGUUUAUCUAUUGAGUUCAUCAUAAAAGCAAUUGAUAUUUCCUUCGUCUAACCAUGAGGAUACCCAUAUUGCUGUUUUGUUUCCUUUGCUGCUGUGUCUUACCUUUUGAUUAGUGUUUUCCGCCAUUUACCUAAUAAUGGCUUGUUCCUUUUGUUAAACUAAUCUUUGUGUGUUCUAAUCCUUGACAAUUAAAUUAUUUAAUGAUCAUAAAAAAGCAAUUGUUACAGAACUGUCUCCUUCCCUAGUGUUUUGCAUAUGUGUCACUUUCUUGAAAGCAAAUUAAAGCAAAUUAUACUUCUUGAUUUAUUGCUAAUGAUCGUUUUGAAAUUAAAAGUACAUGCUCAACAAAAAUGUAUCCUUCUUUUUGCAUCUGUAAUCGACAUGGACAUGGGUUUCUAGAUUUUGCCGGUUCUCGUCCAACUAAUAAUGCAUUUUAACUAUUUUAUAAAGGAUGCCUCGACUAUCAAGUUUAGCUCCAGCUCGUAGACGCCAGGUGGUUGCAGCAAUUGGGUCGUUCUCCAACCUUCUCAUGAUUUAUGUUAGUUUAGGUAUCGAACUAGCUAAGCUUGUACAAGAACAUUACAUGAAUCGAAGACUUAGUAGGCAACCAAUCGACACCUACAUGCAGAGGCACUAUGAUAGACAAAGACACCUUAGGAAUUCAACUAGAAUGACUGACAUUGAUACUUUCGACCAAGUAAGGAUGAAUCGAACUUUAUUCAGAAAGUUUUGUGAACUUCUUGUUAGUGAAGGUGGGUUGAAAAGAACUAGGAAUGUGGAUAUAGACGAGAUGGUCUACAUAUUUCUUCGUACUAUUUCACAGAACGAGAAAAAUAGAACCUUAAGACUGAAUUUACGUCGUUCGGGAGAGACGAUAUCACGAACAAUUCACCGCGUAUUGCGGGCUGUUAUUAGGCUCAACAACUUAUUGAUGAAGAAGCCGCUUCCCAUUCCCGACACUUGUACCAAUAGUAGGUGGAAACAUUUCAAGGUGAACCUUAUAAUUAUUUCUCCAAUGCAUUGCUACUUUUGUUUUGUUUUUAUCAAUCAACCGAUGAACAUUCUGUUUGAAUGUUUUGUUAGAAAUGUCUUGGAGCUCUAGAUGGAACUCAUAUUGAUGUCCGACCACUGAAAGAGGAUCGAACUAGGUACCGAGAUAGGAAGGGUGAUCUUUCCAUUAACGUGUUGGGUGUUUGCACACCCAAUUUGGAAUUUAUCUAUUGUUUAUCUGGAUGGGAGGGGUCUGCCCAUGAUGGAAGAGUUUUGCGUGAUGCCCUUACUAGGGAAAAUGGUCUAACUGUGGCUGAAGGUAAUUUUUGGUUAAGUUUAACAAUUAGAUACUAAAUUGCAAGUCAUAAAUGAAACAACCCAAUAACAAUUAAAAUUGUUCAUGUAUUGAAGGUUGUUAUUAUCUAUGUGAUGCUGGGUAGGCAAACAGCCCAGGAUUUUUAACCCCCUAUCGUGGCCAGCGGUAUCAUCUAAAAGAAUGGGGUGCCAAUCGACCAGAAACGGCCGAAGAAUACUACAAUAUGAAGCAUUCUUCUGCUAGGAAUGUCAUUGAGCGUAUUUUUUGGGAUUAUGAAAAUGCGUUGGGAUUAUGAAUCUUGUCCCUUUACUUGCUUCCAGUCCAGUUAAUUGCUUAUUGUCCCUUUAAUUGCUUUCGGUUCCUUUAACUGCUUCUGGUCCCUAUUAAUGUCUCUGUGGAUUACUUUUUUCUUUUAUAUUUUUAAUCUAUAAUGGUCCAUUAUUAUUAAGUUGAUGUCAUUAUUGUAGGCAUGGCACCGAGGAGAAGGAAAGAUGCCAAUGCUGUGCCUAGGGCUUACACCUUUUGGGAUUCCAAACACGAUGGACCAUUCCUUAAAUGCCUUCUAGAGCUGACGGAGAAGGGCCAGAUUGAGGAUGGGCAGUGCAAGAAUGGUGUGUUUAAGGAGAUCGAGAGGAUGAUGGAAAAGCUGGUACCCGGAUGCGGUUUAAAGGCAAAGGGGACUAUUAAGACGAGGGUGAAGAAGCUGAAGCACUGGUAUCAUUCAACUGUGAUGAUGCGGCAACUGAGUGGUUUCGGAUGGAACGAGGAGUACGCCUACCUAGAUGCACCUGAAAAUGUUUGGGACAACUUUCUAAAGUCACAUGCUGAUUGUAAAUCUUAUAAACGGGCCCCACUCCCACAGUUCUUUGAACUGGGAUCUGUAUUCGGGAAAGGACGUGCAACUGGUGAUGCUGGAUUCUCGGGUAAUGAUCCGAACAUUUCAGAAUUAGAAGAUGACAGCUCCGAUGAAGAUGACAGCCCACCUUACCCUCUCGACCAAAUGAACACCAAUGUUGUGGAUGAAACAAUGUUGAAUAUAAUCAAUGAUGGUGUGGAAGCUCGCGUGAACAAGAAGCGGCCUACAACAAAUUCUGAACCGAGUCCUUCUCAUCAGAAGAAGAAGAAGAAGAAGAACAAGAACAAGAAAGGAGAUGCUGAAGAGCGCAUUGGUGAAGUGUGCACUGAAUUUGGAGGACUUAGACCCCUCAUUAAAGAAUCUGUGGACACCAUUGCAAGGGCUUUGGGGGAAAGUGAAGACUACAACAUCAUGCGUAAGGAAUUGUUGACAAACUUGGAAAAAAUGGAUGGACUCACUAGAGCUCAGAUGAUAAUUGCUGUGAGGAAGUUUUCCAACAAUACAGGUGACUUGAAGUGUUUCUAUGAGCUGGAGAAGGUAGAAGACAGGCUAACACUUGUUCUUAAUCUCCUCAAAGAUGAAUGAGUGCAUGGUUUAUAGUGUCUAUGUAGUUGUAUAGUUAGCCUAUUAUGUUGGCAGUAGUUAGGUAGUUGUCUAAUUUGCAAAGAGGCCUUUUGUCUAUCUGUCAUUAUAAACACUUCAAUGACAGUCUUUGCAAAUGUAGGACAACCUGUUAUUUUGUGAAGUUCUAUAAUUAGCUUCAUCAGGCUAGUUUUUGUAAGGUUCCUAUGAUGAACACUUCAAUGUACUCUAUUUCAAUCGGAUGUAAGUACCUACUGUAACUGCUAGACAGUUGGUAAGUUUAAGAUGGUGAAUGUAAUGAUCUUAACAGUAGUAAAUUGCAGGUGGUGUU